GUGAGCUCCAUGUCCACCAAGGAAGCGGCAGAUGCAGCGUUGACUAAGCCACCACAUGUGUCUGAACGCUUGAAACGUAAACGCGAGAAGGCGAAGGCCAUGAAGGAUGGCGAGUGGACUCAGUGUAUGUUCAAACUGGAGCGAAAGAACCGCUUCUGCAACGUGGCGAGAGUGGAAGGGUCUCUGUAUUGCGGCAACCACGUCGUCGACGACGAGGGCGUGGUAAGCCAAAAGACGAAGAAGUACAAGCAGGAGUUGUGCAAACGCGUGCCUUGCACGUUGGACCCCACACACACGGUGUACCUGUUUGACCUAAAAAAGCACCUCGUGAUAUGCAACAAGCUCAAGGAAGCAGAGGUCAUGCGUAGCCUUCCGUUCUACACGGCCAACAUCAACUCGGGCACCCACGCCGCCACAGGCACCAGUGAUCCAUCCACCACUGUCCAAGACGACACCAGCGCCACCGAAGAACACUCCGGACCGUCCUCCGACAAGCAAGCGAGUCUGUUCCAAACCCUCGUGGGGCUAGACUUCAACGCCUUUGCGGCCAAAAUCGACGCCGCGUUUGACAAGCAUGUUCCUGUGAUUCCAACUCAAACACUGGACCAUGCUGCGUGCAACACAUUGCUCCAGCAAAAGCAGGCGGCAGGGGCCAACCACAGCAUCCUCCGACACAUCCAGCAGCAAGCGUCCAUCCUGGGCCACAUGGAGUCCAAGAGGCUCCUUCGAUCAGACUGCGUAUACGUGGAACUGGGUGCCGGACGCGCGAUGCUGUCCCUCGCGCUGACGCAGAUGUACCCGUCGUCGCCGUUUGUGCUCAUCGAUCGCGCCGGCUCCCGUGGCAAGGCGGACCAGUAUAUUGCCCUAGACAACAAGUGUACUCGCGCCAAGAUUGACAUUCGGCAUCUCAACUUGGCCAAGAUGGACCAGGUGGCCCAUCAGCCGCUUGUGUGCCUGUCCAAGCACCUCUGCGGCGUCGCCACUGACUUGUCACUGCGGGCGCUGGCCAACACCCUCCCUGCCGGCCCUUCCGACGAUGCCACUGAAGCGCCGACAGGCCAUCCCCAGAAGAUGAGCUCCCACCUCGUCGGGCUUGCGAUCGCUCUGUGUUGCCACCACGCGUGCAGCUGGGAAGACUACGUGAAUCCUGCCUUCUUUGUCGACAUGGGCUUCACAGCGGCCGAGUUUAAGCUCAUGGUGCCGUUGUCUGGGUGGGCGACAUGUGGUAUGACCAUGGACGGGGGUGCCGUGGAAACGGUGUUGGGAUUCAACCGCGCAGACAGGACGCGAAUGGGCCGCCAAUGCAAGCGACUGCUCGACAUGGGGCGCGUGCACUACUUGCGCGAGAGAGGCGUUCAAGCACAACUGGUGCAUUACUGCGACCAAGACGAGAGUUUGGAGAAUUGCUUGCUGCUGGCAUGGCGAAGUCACCACGACGACGUCGAAUGAAACAUCAACAACAUGUAUUAAUCGUUGUCGAUGGAGAUUAAGUUGGAGAGUGAAGGAGGAGUGGGUAGCUUGGCACUGGCAAUAGGAUGUGCCGAGACGCUGCUACGCUUUGGAACGCACCACACGACCACCUCAAAGGAUGCCAUGGGUCGCGGAGCAAAGCACGUCUUCGAGCGCGACAGUAACAUGUUGUAGCCUCGCGCGUUGCGACGCACUUCGUAUGUGAACUUGAUGUGGGGGAGUACGUGUUCUGUACGAGCGCUCACAUCGGCCUUCUUUGUCGGGGGUUGAUCCAACGCGAGGACUUGGGCCAGCAGUGCCGGCCACUCGUCAGGGCCUUGCAACAGAUCCACAAUCUGCUCCAAGUACGUUGGGUCUGGCGCUGUGACAUUGAACCAUUCCAAGUCGGCCUCUGAAGAUAUGAAGAUGGUCACCGGCACGACCUGCCCGACGGGGUCGCUCCCGUUGAAGCUGCAAUGGAGCACAUUCUUGGUGCGGUACAUGAUCUGUUGUGCUGGUGGGAAUAUC